AUGAAGAUUGAUUUUGCCCCCCUGGGCAUGCCUCUGCACAGGAGACUGCAGACGGCUGCUGUGCUGCAGUGGGUCUUCUCCUUCCUCGGACUGGCACCCACCUGCAUCUUCCUGUUCUUUUACCUCCUGUUCACCCGCUUCUGGCUGAUCAGCGUGCUGUACUCUGUCUGGUGGUUCUUUGACUAUGACACUCCUUCACGUGGAGGCCGCAGGGUGCCCUUCCUGUGUGGCCUCAAAAUUUGGGAAUACAUGCGGGAUUACUUCCCCAUCAAGCUGGUGAAGACAGCUGACCUGGACCCCAGGCACAACUACAUCCUGGGCUUCCAUCCCCACGGCGUGCUGGUGGCGGGAGCCUUCACUAACUUCUGCACCUAUGCUACAGGCGUACGACAGCUGUUUCCUGGCCUCACCACCUACCUGCUCAUGUUGCCUCUAUGGUUCAGAGCUCCAUUCUUCAGAGACUACGUCAUGUGUGCAGGUUUGAUUCCUUCUGACAAAGAGAGUGCCAGCUAUCAGCUCCGCCAAAGGGGUGGUGGUAACGCUAUUGUAGUAGCAGUCGGUGGGGCCCCAGAGUCCCUUGAUGCCCAUCCUGGGACCUACAAUGUAAUCUUGGCUGAGAAGAAAGGCUUCAUCAAAAUGGCUAUGGAGAACGGUGCUCAUCUGGUGCCGAUCUUCUCCUUUGGGGAGAAUGAAGUGUUUGACCAAGUGGAAAACCCCAGAGGAACGUGGCUUCGCUGGACACAGGAGCGGCUGCAGCAUAUCAUGGGUGUCGCCCUGCCUCUCUUCCACGCACGUGGCAUUUUCCAGUACUCCUUUGGUCUCAUACCAUACAGAAAACCCAUCAAUACAGUAGUUGGAAGGCCAAUUAAGGUGGAGAGGAAUGAGAAGCCAACGGCCGAGGAACUUAAUGCCCUCCACCAGCGGUACAUGGACGAGCUCAGCGAUCUGUUUGAGGAGCACAAAGGCAACUAUGGAGUGGACAAGGACACGCACCUGACCUUUGUCUAA